AUGCGUGGGAAUUUCAUUCUUUCUUUGCUUUCUGCGGCGCUGGGCGCCAGCGCUGCUGUUUCUCAGUCUAACCUCAAGGCCCAUGUCGAUGUGCUGGCACUCGACUACGCCUUCAAUCCUGUGAAGGCGGCGUACUGGACUGGAUAUCCUCAUCACCGCCGUACUCCUUUUGCGGUGUCGCCGGAUGGGAAAUCAGCCUACAUUGCCUAUCUUGACUCUAGUGCCACAGACGUUCAUGUACAGCAGCUGGACCCUACUACUUUUGCUGCUACUGGCACGACUGUCACCGUCUCUGGUGGAAAAGAAGCUGGAGGUCUUGUGGCACACAAUGAUGGAUUUGCCCUUCUUACCAACGAAGCAUUGCCUUCUGGCACCACCAAUGCACCUCCGAGUGGGACCCCUGUUCCCGUGCUCUACCGCUACACCUCUGGAAAGCAGACAUGGAAGACCUGGCUGGGUGGACCUGGUGUGCACGAGUCCGAAGGACUUUCUGCCUCUCCCGAUUUGAAUGGAGAUCUCGUCUACUCUGAGAGUGCACAGCUUUACGGCGCAUAUUUUGUCGUGACUGAUUAUACUGGUGACGCUUCCGGCCAUUUUGGUGACAGUGUCGAGUACAUCUCCGCUAGCGGAAAAUUGGAAUCAAUUGCUGGCGCUAGCAGUGCAUGGGGCUGCAGCCACAACACCGGCAUUGCAUUCGAAGCAGCUGACGACGCUCCUUUCGCGGGUAUUUGCGCCGAAGACCAGGGUGCCAUCUGGUUAAAUACGAAAACCCAAGGAAUGUCAACCGAUGGAAUUAAAAUCUCCAACGAGAACACUACUAACGGUGCGUCUGGUGAGCCCAUGGGUGGCAUGUCUGGCAGCUACAGUGUGUUGGCUCGGUUUGCCGAUACCACGAAGUAUAUCUUCGCCUGGGUUUCUCGCGGCGCAAUCGAUGUGACGGAGAACGCGUGGAUGGGAACCGGCUAUACGAACGUGCAGAAUCGCACCAACGGCCGCAAUGUUGCCAUUUCUCUUUUCUCUGACAAGUAUACCAAGGUUGGUGCCCAGGCCACAUCGGAUGUGGGUGUUGAGGAUGGAGACAGCCAGGUCAAUUGGGUGACCUCAGGAUCGAACGAUUGCUCAAAUGCUCACGCUGCUACCUUUGGAAAUAACAAUGCCCUCGUCACCUGGGAGGAGAUUUCGAACCCGACUUGUGACUUCAUUGCCAUGGGAUGCCGUGGUAUCUUUGCUGGAACCUACUUCCAGCAAGUUGACUCCACCGGUUCGAAGGUUGGAGAGCCUUUCAGCGCUAACGAUGUUUACGUUGCCGGUGACAUGGUCACCAUGUCAGAUGGUAGAAUCUGCUGGCCCUAUGUCAACAUGAUUUGGGACCUCUCACAGCCCAUUGAUGACUCCUCGUCCUCUGGGGCUGUCAAGAAGAUGAGCAUCGCUUGCAUGGCACUCGAUGGUGCAACCGGUUUCUCCACGACCGCCGCUACUAGCGCCACAAGCAGUUCGACCGCAAAGGUCGCCGUUAACAAGAGUGCGAGUGCAGUCACUAAGGCCGUCUCAAGUGCGACCACGAUUCAACCACAAAGCAAUACCUCUGGAGCCACUUCAAGCGCAGCCACCAUUGACGCCACAAGCCAAACCACUAAAGCCGUUUCAAGCGCAACCACCAUUGACGCCACUAGCCAGACAACCAAAGCUGUAGCCGAGGCGUCAAAUGGCGGUGUCGCCGCGAUCGGAGGGGGAUCUGGGAACGCAUCGAGCAGUUCUGUGAUAGAAAUUCCAAUGGCUGCCACUAGCGCCACCGCAAGUGCAAUCCCUAGCAGCAGUCCUACUAGAAUUGCCAGUGCAACCCCCAGCGGCACUCCGACUGGAAUUGCCAGGGGCCACGGACGGAAACAUGGCCACGGCUGGGGUCACCAUGGCACGGAACACCACAGUUCGGGUCACCAUAGCUCGAGAUUCGAUGAGGUCCCUGAGAGCGAGCGCCAGCUCGGUGGAGCUUGCAAGUCGCAGUAG